AAAAAAUGGGAUUUUUUGACAACGAAGUACAAGAAAUUUAUGAUGGAAAUGAUCUCCGAGAGCUAAAUGAUAUUUUUAUGAAGGAUGAAGGAAUCGCCGAGAAAUUAACUCACGAAAAGAUUAUCGAGGAUUAUAAAGAUCCUGCAGGAGAUGAUGAAGAAGUGGCGAUUAAUCGAUCUGGAAACGUUAGAUUCAAAACUGAUAUAGUAGAUAUUGAUUCAUUCCAACAAUUAAAAGACAUAAUGGAAAGUUCUGUUAAGGAGAAUAAAAACGUUAAAGCUGUUGGAUCUUUUGCAGCUUUUAGUAAUGUAACAGAAACAGAUGGAUACCUUUUAAAACCAUAUAAAACAUCUAAUAUUUCCAGAACAGAUUUGGAAUUAUUAAACGAAGAAGCUAUAUCUCAAGCUAAAAAAGACGAUAUUGUCUACUAUGAUGUGAAGUGGGGAACUACAAUUUAUGAAAUUCUUCCCGUCCUGAAAGAAGAUAAUAGAGCUUUUUUUAACGUUGGUGGAUGGACUGAGAAAGUUUAUAGAGUAGAACCAACAAAAGGAAUCACAGAUGUUUCCAAAUUUACUGAAAAUUUUCCGAAUAUAACUUUAAUCCAAGAUGAUGAAACGUUUAAUGCUGCUGUAGUAAACAUUGGCGCACUUGGCGUGACCUAUGAAGUCACUAUUUCAACCGUUCCAUUGUAUAACAUUAUAGAAAGAAGAGAAGAAACUACUUGGACAAAUGCCAAAUCUGUCUUAAAACAGAAACCCUAUUCUAUAAACCCCUAUUUGAAAUCUCGAAAUGUUGAAGUUUGGAUAAGCCCAUAUACAGAUUAUGCUCUUAUUACUCUAAGAGAUUUGGCGACUGACGAAGAUGUGAAAAAGUAUCCAAAGCCAGAGGCCAAGGCACUGUUUCAAGAAUUUAUUGAAUUACCUGUGGUGCAAGAGGUAUCAAAAAUUUUGAGCAUUAAAGCGGGUGGUGCUUUAUUUUUGUUGUUGAAUCUAUUCUCAGCCUUUGUACCGAUUAUCAAUGAGCAAGCUUUGAGAUCUCAAUACCACGAAGAACCCAUUGUUGAUAGUUAUGAAUUAAUUUAUAACUCAUUGGGUCCUGGUAGGUUAAAUGAUAUUGGGUUCGUUAAUGAUUUUGAGGUAAUUUCGGUAGAAUUUUCAUUUUCAACAAAGGAUGAUAAUCAUAUAUUAGCAACAGACGCGAUUUUGAAAACACUCAAAGAAAUAAGAGAUGAGCAAAAUUUAAACAUCCAUGGACCAGCUUCUAUGAGAUUUUCUGCUGCUUCUUCACAAUAUCUUUCCAUGGGAAAUGGAAAGGGUGAUGAAACUAGAGCAUAUUUGGAAAUGAUUAUCUUGGACGUUUGGAUUGAUCAAUAUAAACGUGCAUUUGAUGCAUUGACCGAAACUGCUUUAAAAUAUAAUGCGAGAUGUCAUUGGGGGCAAUAUUUUUCUCCCAAACUUAAUCACCAAUAUUUAUUGAAUGCAUAUGGAGAACAAAACGUUCAAUCAUUUAUUAAGCAGAUUAAGAAAUUUGAUCCAAAUGGUACAAUGAGUAAUCCUUUAUUAAAAAAGUUAGGAUUAACACCCGAUGGAAAGGUCACUGAUUUUGGGAUUUUUGAAACUGUGGAAGAAAAGUUUAAGGAUAGGGUAGAAGAGUUUUUCAAAGUUCUUACAAAUAUUGUAAAUUAA